AUUCCCCUCGUCUGUCUUUCCCUCCUUCUUGUUUCCGGGUAUGGAGCUCUGCUAGAAAGACAUUUAAACGCUGCUGCGCUAAACACACGAAACUCACUGAUUUAGGAACCAGGACUCAAAGUUUACUCCAACACACAGACCAAGAUGCCGGUGGCUGUAGGUCCGUACGGCCAGACCCAGCCCAGCUGUGUUGACCGGGUUAAGAUGGGAUUCAUGAUGGGGUUUGCAGUAGGCAUGGCUGCUGGCGCCAUGUUCGGCACUUUCUCCUGUUUAAGGAUCGGCAUGCGUGGCAGGGAGCUAAUGGGAGGCGUAGGGAAGACCAUGAUGCAGAGCGGGGGCACUUUCGGGACCUUCAUGGCCAUCGGCAUGGGCAUCCGCUGCUGAGGAAGACGAGGAUCCACCUCCUCCGACUCCACACAUCAUCACCUGUACAGCUAUGGGACUCCUCUGAUUACUACAGCCACCGCUCUCCGUCUGCUCGACGCUGUCGCCGCCUCACACGGCGGUCUAGUUUUGUCAAUAAAAGUUCAGUUUGUCAAACGA